AUGGUCGAGAAAUCCUUGUCGGGCAAGAAAGGCCCACCACCAUUGCCAUCAAGACAGAACAAUACUCAGAUAGCACCAUACAGCGAUGCCCCACCAAACUACGAUUCCGUGACAGCCUCUGGCAAUACCGCGAGUGGACCGUGGAGAGCGCGAGACAAUCGGACAACUUCAACAGAGUCUCUCGUGCCAUCCGAAAGCGACCAGCAGAAUGACCGGCGGAAGCUCCUCCUGGUCUACAUCCAUGGCUUCAUGGGCAAUGAAAUGAGCUUUCGGAGUUUCCCAGCUCACGUCCAUCAUCUUUUGACCGCCCUCGUGACCGAGACACAUGUUGUACAUACCAAGAUCUAUCCUCGAUAUCGCUCGAAACGGAGUAUCACUUACGCGCGGGAUGAUUUCAGUAGAUGGCUGGAGCCACAUGAAGAUCACGCCACCGAUGUGGUCUUACUCGGACACAGCAUGGGUGGUCUACUCUCAGCAGAAGUUGCAAUUAUGCCAUCUCAGCCGCGAGCAAGCACGCCACUCAUGCAUCGCAUACUUGGCACCAUCAACUUCGAUGUCCCAUUUCUUGGUAUGCACCUCGGCAUCGUUCGAAGUGGUCUGGCCAGCAUCUUCAUGCCUUCGGAGGAGACACAUGAGGACAAAUACUCUCCAGCGCUCAGUCCGGUCGAAAGCAACUCGGCUGGCGCCUUGAGUCCUCUGUCAGGCCGAUCCGACACCUUCUGGGACCCUGACAAACCUGAUCCCAACUUCAACCCAAAGUUCAACAACGACGUGGUGCUUCCUGUACGAAAGGGAUGGAGUAGUGCCUGGCACUUUGUGAGUAAGCAUUCGAACGACAUUGGGGCCGCGACCAAGCAGCUUGUGUCUUCACACAUGGAGUUUGGUGGGGCGAUGGCGGACUUCGGUGAGCUGAAGGCGAGGUAUGGCAAGGUCAGAGCUUUGGAGGAGACAAACGAUGAUGUUCGUGCAUCCAUCGCUGGGGACAGGGGAGUACCAGCCAGGGUCAGAUUCGUAAACUACUGGACCGCCAGCACAGGCAAGCCGAAGAAAGUGAAACCGCCAGCCGUUGAUCCGGGGACCGAGGAAGCCGUGGAGGAAAUUGUACGUGAUCCCACUGCUCAGCCGGAGUCAGAAGACGUGUUCCAUCAGCACGAGGAAGAUCCGAUCGAUGAAGCUCGCGAAGGCGAUCUCUAUACUUCGGAGGAGGAACAUGCCGAGGAAAGUGGUGAUCUCGCACAACUUGACCCUGAGCCUCAUGAAGCCUCCGAGGAAGAGGACUGGGACGAUGCUGCGGAGUCACUGACCAUCGGAAAUUCAAGAGAAUCCGAGCAGGCCACUGCACCUGCCACCCCAGUGGCGGAAUCUUUGGAAGGUAUCUCACGGACCACGACAAUGUCAACACAACAGAGUCUGCCACCUAUACCCGAUCUCCCACCCGCUCCUACUUCUCUGGACACGUCCUACAUCCAAGACCCGGACACCAAGAAACUAGUAGAGAAAGAACACAACCGGGCAACCAAAGCCUACGAAAAGGCUGUCAAGGACCGGGAGAAAGUCAUCAAAGAUCGCACCAAACUCGAGACCAAGCAGAAGCAAAAGGCGGAGAAGGAAGUCGAGAAGGCUAAGAAAGAUGCUGCGAAAGCUGAGCAGAAACUCACGACCGAGCAGAAGAAGGGACGGGAGAAGAUAGCAAAGCUAGAGAAGAAGAAGCUCACCAAAGACUUGACGCAAUCCGAGUCCGAGGGACUGAGAUUGGCGAAGGAGAAGGAGAGGAUGGAUGCUGAAGGGCGGCGAAUGCGAGGCGAGCCCGAACCUGGAAUUUACGUCGAUGGCCUGCACGAUGACGAAGGGGAGCGCCUGCCUUCCGAAGAUGAGGAUCGUGGUCGGGCGGAGGAUCGCGCUACUACUUCUACGACAUCCAGCUCAGUCAAGGCGAAGGAGAAGAAGAAGGAGAAGGAGAAGGAGAAAGCAGCCAAGCCUCCUAAGGACCGCAAGUUCUGUAAUCUGCCUCCUCGGGAUAGCAAUGGCGAGCUUGAUCCAUGUUGGGUGCGGGUGUUCAUGGAAAAUGUCGACGAAGUAGGAGCCCAUUGCGGACUGUUCUUCGUAGACGAGAGGUACGAGAGACUGGUAGGCGACGUGGCGGAGCGGAUCGGAGGGUGGGUCAGAGAUGCUGAGGGAGAAAGGAUUGCCAAGCUGGAUAGAGCUUGA